ACGUGUUAAUCGAAUAGUAAUGAUUGAUGCUAUAUUUCAUGAAAACAAUUCAAAAUGAACCAAAGUCCAGUUAUAUUCCUGUCCUAACUAUGUUUUUCUGUAACAUUGUGAUUUUAAAAAAUGAACUAUCUGACUUCGAACAAGAAGAUAGAAACAAAACUGAACUAUCAUAUGAAUAAACUUUGAUGAACGAGCGAUGAGAAAAAAAUGAAAAAUGAAACGUUAGGAAAAAUACACAUACAAAUGACAGGCUGGCAAGUUAGAAGCAUGAUAGAAGUGGGGCCUAUUUAGCAUCCAGCCACAUGGCUUUGAGUAUUCCAUUCUUCUCCCAACAGCAGUUUCCUUUCUUCUUUAUAUUCCCUCAUUUAGUGCAAAUCUCUUUCUAUGUUUUUCAAACUUUGCAAGUUUUUUUCUCUUGUUUUUAACCGCUAAUCCUCUUAUCUAUUUUCACUUUUUUUUUUUUUUCAAAUUUCGAUGCUUUUGGCAUAAUUUAUUCAAAUUAUAUACUUUGUUCAAUAUUAGUUAUUGAACAUAUAUACAUAAAGUCUCCCAGCCUAUAUAGUAUUAUAGUCCUCCAAACAAGAAAUUACAUCAUAUGUUCAUUAUUUGAUUCUGACAAAAAACAGUUUGCUGCAUGGGUAACAGAAGAAGAAUACGUGAAUAAAGUAAAAAAUGGAUAAGAGUAUAGAAGUAAAUGAAUAAAAAAUGUAAAUAAACUUGCCCUGGAAUUUGAUAUCAGUCUAAAAGCAUUUUGUAUAUCUUUUUGAAAUUGAGAUACAUAAGAAAAGACAUUACAUCACAGAAGUGUUUUUUUAGUCUGUAAAGAAGAAACAUGAGUAAUAGAAAUAUGUUGAAUAAAAUUAUCAGGACUGACUCAUCAAUGUGGACCGAAGAACUAGACAUCUAACCAAUAACAGUAUACCACUGACCGCGACGAAACAAUGAAAAAGACAUAAUAAAACCAAAACACUGGAAAGGUCAAAUAUUGUUAAAAUCAUUUUUAUAAUAUCUAAAAAAGAAAAAGAAUUACAAGAAAAAAGACCAAACACAUGCACUUCUCCAAAUAAAACACAGAAAGAUUAAUUUCAGACAGCCAUUUUUGUCUCUUCUUCUUCUGCUUCUUUUUUUCCCCAUGUGAGGUGAGAAGAGAGAAGAAAAUGUCUCUCUCUCUCUCUCUGGUAUGUAGAAGAUCUGUCGGCGAGAAUACGUUACGUUUAUUCUUAAAACUGUUUAGUAGCCAAGCAGUGUUUUGCCAGGUGGCACUAGUUUUGCUGCUGGCAUUGAGCUGUCUGAUUCAGAGCAACGGCGCUGGAAACGUAUGCGAUCUUGGUCGGAGACCGAGCUCGAGACCACACAGUGUCUCAAUUUUGGAGUUUGGUGCGGUUGGCGAUGGUAAAACGUUGAACACGCUCGCGUUUCAGAAUGCUGUCUUCUAUCUCAAGUCUUUCGCCGAUAAAGGCGGCGCUCAGCUCUAUGUUCCUCCCGGACGGUGGCUCACCGGUAGUUUCAAUCUCACCAGUCACCUCACUCUUUUCCUCGAGAAAGACGCCGUCAUUCUCGCCUCCCAGGAUCCGUCGCAUUGGCAAGUCGCGGAUCCGUUACCAUCAUAUGGACGAGGCAUUGAUCUAACGGGGAAGAGAUACAUGAGCUUGAUUAACGGCUAUAUGUUACAUGAUGUAGUAGUUACAGGUGAUAACGGUACUAUAGAUGGUCAAGGCCUGUUUUGGUGGGAUAGGUUUAAUUCUCAUUCUUUAAAGUACAGUCGACCGCAUCUCGUCGAGUUUGUCUCUUCAGAAAAUGUCAUUGUCUCAAAUCUUACGUUCUUGAAUGCUCCUGAGUAUACCAUCCAUUCAGUUUACUGCAGUCAUGUAUACAUUCAUAGAGUAACAGCUAAUACUUCUCCAGAAUCUCCUUACACCGUAGGCAUUGUCCCUGAUUCUUCUGAUAAUGUGUGCAUCCAAGACUCUACCAUCAACAUGGGGUAUGACGCCAUUUCACUAAAAAGUGGUUGGGACGAAUACGGUAUCUCGUACGCAAGACCUACUGCUAAUGUCCAGAUACGAGGUGUUCACCUCCGAGCAGCUUCUGGUUCCUCUAUUUCCUUUGGCAGUGAAAUGUCUGGUGGCAUAUCUGAUGUCGUGGUCCUCGACGCUUACAUGCACAACUCUUUAUCCGGGAUUGCUUUUAGGACAACAAAAGGAAGAGGAGGUUACAUUAAAGAGAUUGAUGUUUCCAACAUCCAUAUGGUUAACGUUGGUACUGCGUUUUUAGCCAAUGGUAGCUUUGGAACUCACCCUGAUUCAGGUUUCGAUGAAAAUGCUUUCCCGCUCGUGAGUCACAUCAGGUUACAUGACAUUGUUGGAGAGAACAUAAGCAUCGCUGGAGAUUUCUUUGGAACGGAAGAGUCUCCUUUCACUUCGGUUGUGCUGUCGAAUAUCUCUCUGUCGAUGACUAACUCUGGUUCUCCUGAUGAUGAUUCUUGGAGAUGCUUAUAUGUGGAGGGUUCUUCAGAGUCCGUGGUCCCUGAACCCUGCUAUGAGCUGAUGAGUUUUGAAAGUUCUUAUGGCAGAGCUGAGGCCUUAUGAAACCAAACUUCAUCUGAGAAAAAAAGAAGCUGCUCAUGGCCCCAUGAUUCAUAUUUGUUUUGUUAAGUUAGCAGAAAAGGUCACAUUCUUUUUCUUUAUUCCCCAAAAUAAAAAAAAUAUCAGUGUGUAGAAUUUUUUACCUGUUAUUUGAAGCUUGUGAGAUUCAUAUAUCUGUACAGGUUCAUUUCUUCAUUCAUGUGUAACCGAUUAACAUUUUGUUCAGUGGAGAUUAUUCACAUGGCUUAAGAAAAGAUCUUUCAUCUA